GUCCCUGGGGUGCGGAGCAAAACGCAAUACAACACAUACAAACGCACUCCUUUUCUAGGAGAGGAGCAAGCCCCGAAAUGGAGGAGCCCUCACUCUUCACCAUCGCCCAGACCCUGGCCUUCCCCUGGGUCUUCAUGUUCUCGUCGCUCAGCUGCCUCCCCGGCACCGUCGCGCGGCUGGCGCGCGAGGGCACGCUGGCGGCCCACCUCCUCGGCCGCGCCGACCACGGCGCCACGCUGGCGUCGGCCUGGUUCUCCGACUUUUGGACGCGUUGCGCCGCGCCGGGCGUGCGCGCCAACGCCGGCCCCGGCGUCCUCUCGCUGCUGGCCGGCCGCGUGCGCGCGGGCGCCGUGGUCGACGACGACGACGAUGAUGACGACGCUGGCCAGGACGCUCCGCCGCCGCCGCCACCACCGCACCCGCCCAUCUCCGGCACCGUGCUCGAGAUCGGCCCGGGCAGCGGCAUGUGGGCGUCGGCGCUGGCGCGGAGCGUCGUCGGCGGCACCCCCACCAGCGACGACGACAACAGCCUCCGCCGCCGCAGGACCACCACCACCACCGAGGCAGCAGCGCCGGGGGGCCCCGUCAAGCGGAUCCUGGGCGUCGAGCCCAACGCGAGCGUGCACGCGGCGCUGCGGGCGGCGGCGAGCGAGGCCGGGCUGGACGGCGUGUACGAGGUGGUGCCGUGCGGUAUCGAGCACCUCGCGGCCUCGGGCGCCGUGGCCGAGGGCGAGGUCGACUGCAUCGUCUCGGUCCUCUGCCUCUGCAGCAUCCCGGACCCGGAGCGGAACAUCCGGGAGCUGUACCGCUACCUCAAGAAGGGAGGGAGGUGGUACGUCUACGAGCACGUGUGCCAGGCGCCCGGCACCGCCAUGUACUGGUAUCAAGGCUUCGUGAACCUCUUUUGGCCACAUUUUAUCGGUGGCUGCCGUCUUCGUAAUGAGACGGCCAAGUAUCUGCGUUCGGCUGGCCCGUGGUCCGACUUUGAUCUUGCACAGCCACCGAGAGAGCCCUGGUUUAAUACCCUUCAACACGUGCUUGGAAUCUUGACAAAAUAGAGCCUUAUGAUCGAGCACUGCCUGGGACUUGGUAGUAGUACUGGGUGAUAGCUGAAAAUCAAUGUCAUUGCUGGUCAAUGCAGAAAAUAUUCAAGAAACUGUAAUGGAAAAACUUCGACAUCACUUCGCCUUGGACCACGGGCUCCAUGUUAUUGAGUCUGAACCUCUUUUUAUUGUGCCGUAGCACCUAUCUAAUGGACUUGGGCUAUCUACCUUUUUGCUCAAACGAAAUCCGUGGCCUC